AACCUGUCUUAUAAUAUUAUUAUUAUUACUAUUAACCAUUUUUGUCAGCACACAGUUCUCAAAACCUCACUCCAAUUUGCUUCCUAUUUCCUUACCAAUAAACCUCACUCCAUUUUCCUUCCUCUUUUUCUCAUCACCUUCCUCUCUUCCAACCUUCACCAAUCAACCAUUCCCACAAGGUUUUGAAAUGAAGUAGAAAAAGAGGAAUUAGGGUUUUGAAUAGCUCUUGUUUGAGGUGAAAAAAAGUGGAAUUUUCUGUGAUUCUGUGUGAAUUUUAUAAUGGAAGAAGGGUUUGGUCGAAACUCGGUUCCUCCUCCAGGCUCCAUUGACAAGUCUAAGAUUCUAGACAUUAAGCCUAUAAGAUGUUUGAUACCUGUUUUUUCGAAGAAUCCUCAAGCUCCGUAUUCAGGAGAGUAUCCGGCCGGGUUUUCUCCGUUUUUCCCAUUUGGUGGACCUCAGGAGACUUCAACCACUGGGGUGAAACCUAGAGGUAGAGCAAUGCCGACUCCGAUUCGGUCAUUUAGGAGCCCUGUAGGCGAGGAUGAGGAUCUCAAUGGCAAUGAUGGUUAUAGUCACAAAAGAAAUGCACCGCCGAAUACGAGCCGGGUCAAGUUACAGAAGAUCAAACCAAAUCAUAAUUUCCAUGCUGAUUUGAGUGGUUUAGUUGGUAUAGGCGCGGCACAAAAAAACGAUGGUAACCGAGAAGUUGUUAAUAUUGUGCUCAUGUCGUUUGAUGCACUGAGAAGAAGGCUAAGUCAACUUGUUGAUGCCAAUGAUGUGGACAUGGGUAUGUUCAAGCGUACUGAUUUGAAAGCUGGGAAUAUUUGUAUGUCCAAAGGAAUUCGAACAAAUGCGACAAAGAGAAUUGGAUCGGUACCUGGAGUUGAGAUUGGGGACAUUUUCUUUUUCCGAAUGGAAAUGUGUGUUGUUGGUUUGCAUGCCCAAUCGAUGGGGGGAAUUGAUGCCAUCAAGAGUGACCAUGAGAAUGAGACUUUGGCUGUUAGCAUUGUUUCGUCGGGAGAAUACGACGACGAUGAAGCUGAGGAUGGUGAUGUUUUAAUUUACACCGGUCAGGGUGAGAAUUUUAACAAGAAAGAGAAGCACUUGUCUGAUCAGAAGCUUCAUAGGGGUAAUCUUGCUUUAGAUAGAAGUUCAAGACAACAUAAUGAAGUAAGAGUCAUCCGGGGAAUCAAAGAUACUACGUCUGUGGGCUCAAAAAUCUAUGUCUAUGAUGGUCUGUAUAAAAUUCAAGAUUCAUGGGCUGAAAAAGCAAAAAGCGGCGGCGGCGGCGGCUUGUUUAAGUAUAAGUUGAUAAGAGUGCCUGGACAACCUAGUGCCUUUUCUGUUUGGAGAUCAAUUCAGAAGUGGAAAUCUGGCAUUCUUGCGAGGUCUGGACUUAUUCUCCCGGACCUAUCCUCGGGAGCUGAGAGUAUUCCUGUUUCACUUGUCAAUGAAAUCGACAACGUGAAGUCACCUGCCUUUUUCACGUAUUUCCAGUCGCUUAGACAUCCAAAAUCAUUCAGUUUAACGCAGCCUUCACAUGGUUGCAGCUGUAGUGCUAAAAAGGCAUGUAUCCCAGGUGAUUUGGACUGCUCUUGCAUUCAGAGAAACGAAGGUGAUUUUCCGUAUAUUAUCCACGGUGUUCUGGUGAGCCGGAAGCCAUUGGUUCAUGAAUGUGGCCCUACAUGUAAAUGUUAUCCUAACUGCAAAAACCGAGUAUCUCAAUCCGGUUUAAAGCACCAAAUGGAAGUGUUCAAAACAAAGGAUAAAGGCUGGGGUCUUCGAUCAUGGGAUCCUAUUCGUGCUGGCGCUUUUAUUUGCGAGUAUGCAGGAGAAGUUAUUGAUAAAGCUAGGUUAACUCAGCUUAUACAAGAAGGAGACGCUGAUGAGUAUGUUUUUGAUACAACCCGUGUUUAUGAAUCUUUCAAGUGGAAUUACGAGCCUAAGUUACUCGAUGAAGUGAGAACAAACGAGUCUAGUGAGGAUUAUGCUAUGCCCCAUCCUCUUAUUAUAAAUGCUAAAAACGUUGGAAACGUGGCUAGAUUCAUGAAUCAUAGUUGCUCACCAAAUGUUUUCUGGCAGCCUGUCUUAUACGAAGAGAACAAUCAAUCCUUUCUCCAUGUUGCAUUUUUUGCAUUGAGACAUAUUCCACCAAUGCAAGAGUUAACAUAUGACUACGGGGCUGAUCGAUCUGAUAAUGCUGAGGGUAGUAGUGCACACAAAGGUAGAAAGAGAUGCUUUUGUGGAUCAGUGAAAUGCCGUGGUUCUUUUACUUGACAUUUUGUCGCGGUUUUCACAAACUUACAUGAUGCUGGGCAAUGCAAUCUUGGCUUAAAAGGUUUCGAGAUCUCACCCCUCUUUUUGAUGGAUGAUAGCAUUCUGUAAGAAGAUUCAGAUCAAGUUUAGAACUUUUGUUAGCUGAUGCAAGCUUCCAACGAUCCUUGACAAGGGUUGGUAGGUGAGUUUGUUUGAACCAUAAAUAAAUCAUGUGUGACCUGGCCCUUUUGUUUUAGUCCAACUUUAUCAUAAGUAUUCAGUGAAGCUGUAUAAUUUAUGUAAAUUAUGAGCUGGUAAUGGCCAUGAUACACUCACUAGAAAGUACAUAACUAGUGAUAUGAUGUUUAUCUUUGACUUUGUUCUCUCGCGAAUUGUAUUCGUCUAAACUUAUCUUCGACUGUGAUCUUGCUUCGGUUUUUGGUUUCAGCAGCAAUCAUGGCUCGUGCGUGAUUGAGCUGCAUGAACUCCAUUGUAGUUUAUGUUGUUUAUUAUUGAGAAGUUAUUGUAGUAUGUUUAGUGAUUUAUCAA